AUGGACGCUCAGAACGCUGCGCCUGCUCCCUCCUCGCCAACCAAGAUGGCCGCUGCUACUCAGAAGGCCCCGGAUGGCCACUCCGUCACUAAACGUCUCCAACAAGAGCUCAUGACCCUCAUGAUGUCCCAGACUCCAGGUGUUUCCGCUUUCCCCGAGGACGGCAACCUCCUCCAAUGGGCCGGAACCAUCCAAGGCCCAGAAGCUACUUACUACGAAGGCAUGACCUUCAAAAUCCGCAUGGUCUUCCCCGCAAACUACCCCUACGCCCCCCCAAACUGCACCUUCACAACCCCCAUGUAUCACCCCAACAUCGACAUGGCCGGCCGUAUAUGUCUCGACAUCCUCCAAGAUAAAUGGUCUGCCGCUCACUCCAUCGAGUCUUUGUUGCUUUCUCUUCAAAGCUUGUUGGCGCAGCCAAACAAUGCAAGCCCGUUGAAUGGGCAGGCGGCGGAGUUGUGGGGGAAGGAGGAUGCUGCGUUUAGGGAGAAGGUUUUGGCAAGGUUUAGGGAGGGGGAGAAAUAG